AUGUGCACUUGUUGCUUCACUAUUUAGAGACCUCUGGUGUUAGAUCUGCUUGUGUCGUAGAAAAGAAAACCCAAAGCUGAUGUUUCUUCAUGAAUGUGUCAAAUGAAAAGAUCUCCAAAUUACUGCCAGAUCCAGGUGAUAAAUAAGUUUGUUUGAUCUAAUUUCCCAAGACAAACGGACAAGAUGGCACAGCAUGUACAGAAUGCAGAGUCACGGCUAUCUCCAAACUCAAGAAGGAGCUUCAGCUUUUCAUCUCUCCGAAUUAAAAGAAGGCAUGCUAGCAAUGAAGAGUGUGGUUUUCCAAGGCGCCGAGGGUUGUGGUCUUUUUCAUCAGUCCGAGAGUCACUGAGGAAAGAUCCAGUUUUUGAUGAAGGCUUGCACCUACACAGUACACAGGAACAGAUGAAGAAGACGGAUGUAUUAGAGGAUAACUUAUGCAUGGAUGGCAAAGGUGAGCAGCCCAGAGGUAACCUCAUCUCUGAUGCCACUGGGAAACACAGUUCCAAUCUAUCCACUGAAGAUGAAGGUGGACGUCAGGGAGCCCUCAAAAGGGUUAGUGCCAUGUGGUCCUCCUUCCGCAAAGGCAAGAGAGAUCGAGUCAAAGACCUUGAGCCUAUGGAACCACCGGGCCCAGUGCCAUCAGAAAACUCAUCUAGGCAACAUCGCUAUGUCAGUGGUCAGUACUUCUUUGAGUAUUUGGUGGUGGUCAGCCUAAAGGAGACCAAAGAUGGCAGCAACUACGAACCUCAGAUCACCUACCAGUUUCCCAAGAGAGAUGGGAUGGCAAGAUUUCAAAAGGAGGAGGAGGAGAAGACCCUGAAGGCAAUCACCCUUUUUUGUUUCCCAGAGGGUAUCAACUGGGCUCCUUUGACAGAAUACCACAGUGAGACCUUCUCUUUUGUUCUGACUGAGAUUGAUGGCAGCAGGAGAAAUGGAUAUUGUAGGAGAUUGCUGCCUAGUGGGAAGGGAGCUCGUCCACCAGAGGCUUACUGCAUUAUCAGCAGCACGGCUUGUUUUGGCCUUUUUUCCAAGAUAUUUGAUGAGGUCGAGAAGCGGCGGCAGAUCUCCAUGGCCAUGAUCUAUCCAUUCAUGCAGAAGCUGCGCGAGGCUCCAUUCCCAGCUCCAGGAAACACUGUGGAGAUUAAGAGCUUCAUUCCUGAGUCGGGCACUGAGAUCAUCCGUCUAACCCGGCCGCUGGACUCAUGGCUGGAACACGUCAACUUUGCUACACUCUUCAGCUGCCUGACAGAUGAUGAGGUUUUACUGGUGUUUUCUGCUGCAGUCCUGGAGAGACGCAUAAUAUUUAUUGCUGAUGAACUGAGCACAUUAUCACAAGUCAUCCAUGCAGUAGCAGCCCUGCUUUACCCGUUCACCUGGCAGCACACCUUUAUCUCCAUCGUUCCAGAGAUUCUCAUCGAUGUUGUCAUGGCACCCACCCCCUACCUCCUAGGGGUCCAGAAACGACUGCUUGAUCUGGUCACAGACCAAAGUGAUCUGCUGGUGGUGGACUUAUCUGAGAAGAAGAAGGAGACCUUCAUUGUAUCACUCGGUGAUGAGAGCUCCAUUCUACCCCCAAAGAUGAAGACUGAAAUACUCGAGGCAUUAAAACACAGACAAAAAGCAUCAAUGGUGGAGGAGCUGAACCGGGUGGUGUCCGAAGCUUUCCUACUUUUCUUUGUGAAGACAGUUGGCCACUAUGCAUCAUACGUGAAAUACAGUGGUAGUGGAGAACGGGGUGUGUUUGAAAAGAGGAGUUUUUACAAGGCUAUUGAGUCCAAGACCACACGGCACUUUGUCAAGAAGUUCAUCCAGACUCAGAUGUUCGAUCUGUUUAUCCAGGAGGUAGAGCAGCAACAGCCUGGACCGACACAAGGAGUCUUUCACAAAAAGAUCCUGGAAUACCACGAAAAGAAGAAAAGGGACAAAGGAAAGAAACACUAGGUGUCGGCAUAGAACGUUGACUGUAUAUAAUGAGUACAUAGGAGUCAAUGUGAACGUUGCACUGUUUGUCUUUUUAACAUUUGUGUACUAAGUGAAUUACUGUACUGCAUUACUGCUCCUCUGUGGAACACUGGCGACAUGAUGGACUGUAGCAGAGCAAUGACUCAGUCUGUCACUGAAUGCAAUCAUCAGGACAAUCAUUUCAAAUAAAAUUUUAUGCUACUGCUUUGUAGCCACAUGCCUGAGUAGCUGUGACUUUUCUUCAGUUUUUUUUCCAUUUGUCGUUGAUUGACUGACCUCACUGACAAAUAAGUACCAAUGAAUGGAGGUAGUACCAAUUCAGUCCUCCACCCAGUGUGUAGAUCGAGCUGUCUCAGGUACACUGCUGUAUAUUGAUGUCUUAGAUGUGUCAUUCUAUCCUGCAAAGUGAAUCAAAGGCGCAUUCUGUAAAUUGCUCAUAUGCUGUUAAGUACUGAAAAAUAGCACAGAUUAGUUUCAAUCCAGUCUGGAUAUUGUAAAUCUUCCACGCUGAAUCUCUGAAUUAAAAGUGUAGUUACUUGAAGCUUCUGUUGUAGUGUUUUGUUCUGGGAACAUUUUUUGUUGACAUUAGUUAACACCAUUUCUAAGCCAACAAGUGUCUACAUCCAUUAUCCCAGCAGUUGGUUCCUACGCAGAGGACUUGGGUAAUUGCAAAAAAAAUCCUUGCAUUCACUCCAAGAUUUUUCAGGCUGUAUUGUGCCCAUCUACAGUUGCCAGUGUGUAAAGUCAGCUAAUGUCAUCAGUCAUACCAACCAACCUCCAGCUCCCAGCACAAAAACUUCACACAAACACAAACAAAAAAAUCACUGAAAUACAUACAUACAAACCCUUGAAGAUUUUGUAAACUCUGGCUUGACUUGAGUGUGGUUUUGGAAUUCAUAUAAGCUCCAAU